CUGUAGACUUCUCUCACCUCCCACCAUGGAGUGGAGAACAUCUACAGUCUGCAUGCUGCUUCUGGCGCUUUCUGGUAUUCAGGUUGAUUCAAAAAAGGUCUCUCCGAGUAAUCAUGUCAACAGCAUCUGCAGCAUGUGGGGAAACUUCCACUUCAAGACCUUCGAUGGGGACGUCUAUCAGUUCCCAGGGAUGUGCGAGUAUAACCUGGUGUCUGACUGCCAAAGCCUCAUUCGACAGUUUUCGAUUUACGUGAAGAGGACUGAACACAGCAGUGGCCCUAAGAUCAGCAGGGUCUCCAUAACCAUCAACGACAUCGCCAUUGAGUUGACCGAGAACCAAGUCAGCGUCAAUGAAGCAAAAGUGACGCUGCCCGUCCAUGUGUCAGGAAUCCUUGUGGAAGAAAACACAAUUUACACCAGACUCUAUUCCAAAAUGGGCAUCACUGUCGUGUGGAACAAAGAUGAUGCAGUCAUGGUGGAACUGGACUCAAAGUAUUCCAAUCGCACUUGUGGAUUGUGUGGUGAUUUCAAUGGCAUUCCCGUUUAUAAUGAGUUUAUUCAAUCAGGACGAAAGGUUGGAUACACUGAGUUUGGGAAUAUGCACAGAGUUCCCAACCCAACUCAUCAAUGCGAGGAUCCAUUUGAAAACAUGGAUGAGCAAAAUGUGGUGGACCAGUGUGAAAAAUAUCGGGCAGACUGCGCAGACCUUUUGGAGGAUGAAAAGUGGUCUUCUUGUAUCUGGGUUUUGGACCCUGAGGCCUAUAUUAAGGCCUGCACAAAUGAUCUCUGCAACCGUCAACCUGAAGACGAAGACACCACUGCGCUCUGUGCAACCCUAACUGAAUAUUCACGACAGUGUUCACACGCUGGAGGAAAUCCUCCCACAUGGAGAACAGCAAAGUUCUGCACUGUGCAGUGCCCCUACAAUAUGGUACAUUCUGAGAGCGGCUCCCCCUGUAUGGACACGUGCUCACACAAAGACACAAACGCACUGUGUGAGGAACACAACAUCGAUGGCUGCUUCUGCCCACCAGGAACUGUGUUUGAUGACAUCUCGGACACGGGCUGCAUCCCAGCAGAAAAGUGUCAGUGCAAACAUGACCGUGUGUACAGCUCAGGAGAGGUCCUGCGCAAAAGCGAGGAAGAAUGUUACUGUCAGGAGGGAAGCUGGGUGUGUAUGAGUAUUCCCGGGCCCGGUCUGUGUGCAGUAGAGGAAGGAUCUCACUUCACCACAUUUGAUGGGAAAGAAUUCACUUUCCAUGGAGACUGUAAUUAUUUGCUCUCAAAAGACUGUGAGGAGUCAAAGUUCAUCAUACUGGGCCAGAUCGUUCCUUGUUUUACUCAUGAGACUGACACUUGUUUGAAAUCUAUCGUGGUGCUUUUUGACAACGACAAGAAAAAUCCUCUGUUUAUUAAAGCUGACGGGACGGUGCAACACAAUGCAGAAGUUUCACUUCCUUACAUGACAGCUGACUUCACAGUGUUCAGGCCGUCAUCUUUUCACAUCAUACUUCAGACUGUCUUUGGGCUGCAGGUGCAGGUACAGCUGGUUCCUCUCAUGCAGGUGUACAUCACCGUGGAUCAGAGCUUUCAGGGCAAGACUUGUGGUCUUUGUGGAAAUUUCAACAAAGUUCUAGCUGAUGACCUGAAGACCCCUCAGGGGGUGGUGGAGGGUACAGCGGUUUCCUUCGCAAACGCCUGGAAAGCCCAGUCCAACUGCCCUGACCGUUCUGAGAGGAUGGAUGACCCCUGUUCCUACAGCAGUGAUAGCGAGCACUUUGCUGAGCACUGGUGUUCCAAGAUGAAGGACAAGGAGAGCCUCUUUGCCCAAUGUCACGCCACGGUCAAUCCAGACAGCUACUACAAAAGAUGCAAGUACUCCAGCUGUACCUGUGAGAAGAGUGAGGACUGUCUGUGUACGGUUUUCUCCUCAUAUGCCCGGGCCUGUGCGGCUAAAGGUGUAAUCCUCGAAGGCUGGAGAGAAAUUGUGUGCGACAAGUAUAUAAAGGAUUGCCCAGCCUCACAGAGCUACUCUUAUGAGCUGCAGAGCUGUCAGCGUACCUGUGUUUCUCUCGCCUCCGAGCGCCAGAGCUGCAAUGUUGACUUCGUUCCCGUUGACGGAUGCGCAUGUCCAGAUGGACUGUACCAAGAUGAGAAUAAUCUUUGUGUACCUAUGGAAAAAUGUCCAUGUUACCACAACGGGCAGAAGAUCCAUCCUGGAAAGUCUCUCACUAUUAGGGACGAACACUGUGUUUGCAUGAAUGGAAAAUUCCAUUGUCGAUCCUGGAAAACCCAAAUUCUGGGAUGCUCCUCUCCAAAGGUGUUCUUCAAUUGCAGUACAGCAGGCCCAGAAGAAUAUGGCUUGGAAUGUGCAAAGACUUGUUCGCAUCAAGAAGUUGACUGUUUCUCUCUAGACUGUCAGUCUGGCUGCCAGUGUCCUUUUGGUCUACUGGAUGAUGGCAGAGGGCACUGCGUUCAACCGUACAACUGCCCAUGUAAACAUGAUGGACAGUAUUAUGCACCAGGAUCAGUGAUUGUUAAAGAUUGUAAUAAAUGCAUUUGUCGACGGGGAAAUUGGUUAUGUUCACAAAAGAAGUGUCCAGGAAUUUGCACAAUAUAUGGCAGUGGACAUUAUAAAACAUUCGAUCAGCAAAGAUUCGGCUUCAGGGGAGACUGCAGUUAUAUAGCAGCUCAGAACAAGUGUGGAAAUAAAACUGGUAAUUUUCACGUGAUCACCGAAAAUAUGCCUUGCGGAACAACAGGAACUACUUGCUCAAAGGCUGUUGGGAUCCUUUUGGGGAGGACUUGGCUGCUGCUUUCUGAUGGGACUGUAACAGCCACUGAUAUCGGAACUGGUCCGAAUAUUAAGUACAAUGAGAGAAACGUUGGCAUGUACCUUGUCAUUGAUGCUGCCAUUGGACUGACAGUAUUGUGGGAUCGCAAAACCACUGUCCGGAUCAUUCUGCAACCUCAGCACAUGGAUGAUGUUUGUGGCUUGUGUGGAAAUUUCAAUGGAAAUGGAAAAGAUGAUUUUACCACUCAAGGAAACUUACCAACUACAAACAUAAUGGAGUUUGUUGACAGCUGGAAAGUGUUAAGCACUUGCCCUGAUGCAGAACCAGAUUUUGACCCAUGCUCUCAAACUCCCAAUCGAGAAACAUGGGCAAAAAUACAGUGUAGCAUCAUAAAGGAAGUUACAUUUAAAGACUGCCAUAGCAAGGUGGAUCCAAAUCCAUAUUAUGAGAACUGUGUGAAGGACUCAUGUUCAUGCGACACUGGUGGAGAUUGCGAAUGCUUCUGUACGGCUGUGGCAGCUUAUGCUCAAGCCUGCAAUGAGGCCGGUGUUUGUGUUGUCUGGAGAACUCCUGAGAUCUGCCCUGUGUACUGUGACUACUACAAUGAACCAGGAGAAUGCACAUGGCAUUACAGUCCUUGUCAUACACCUUGCUACAAAACAUGUCUCAACCCUGAUGGUAUCUGCAACAACACUUUACCCAACCUGGAAGGAUGUUAUCCAGAAUGUCCAGAAGAUAAGCCUAUAUUUGAUGAAAAAAAUCAGAUCUGUGUGGAAGAGUGUCCUACGCCACCUCCACCAACAACAACACCAGAACCUACCACAACUACCCCAAUACCAACAACUACCACAAAACCACCUACAACAACACCAGUGCCUACCACAACUACCCCUGUACCACCUACAACAACACCAGUACCUACCACAACUACCCCAGUACCCACAACUACUACAAUACCACCUACAACAACACCAGUACCUACCACAACUACUCCAGUUCCACCUACAACAACACCAGUACUUACCACAACUACCCCUAUACCAACAACUACCACAAUACCACCUACAACAACCCCAGUACCUACUACAACUACCACAAUACCACCUACAACAACACCAGUACCUACAACAACUAUGCCUAUACCAUCUACAUCACCUUGUAUAAUAUGUGAAUGGUCUGACUGGUUUAAUGUGUAUAAUCCUGCAUUAGGAGGAGGGAAUGACGAAGAGACUUAUAAAAAUAUUGCAGCAAGUGGAGGAGAGAUCUGUGAACAGCCAGAAGAUAUUGAAUGUAGGGGUGUAGCGGCCACACCUGGCAUGAGUUUUGAAGAUUAUAUUCAUGAAACAAAACAGGUUGUACAGUGCAAUGUUUCUUAUGGAUUGGUGUGUAAAAAGGAUGAACAGAAAUUCCGCCCCUAUAAAUGUUUUGACUAUGAAAUAAGAGUUUACUGCUGUUACGAUUGUGGAUCAACAACAACAGAAUUUACAACAUCACCUACCCCUGUACCAACAACUACCACACAGCCACCUACAACAACACCAGAACCUACCACAACUGCCACAGUGCCACCUACAACAACACCAGAACCUACCACAACUACCCCUAUACCGACAACUACCACAAAGCCGCCUACAACUACCCCAAUACCGACAACUACCACAGAGCCACCUACAACAACACCAGAACUUACUACAACUACCCCUGUACCGACAACUACCACAGAGCCACCUACAACAACACCAGAGCCUACCACAACUACCCCUGUACCGACAACUACCACAGAGUCACCUACAACAACACCAGAACCUACCACAACUACGCCUGUACCUACAACUACCACAGAACCACCUACAACAACACCAGAACCUACCACAACUACCCCUGUACCGACAACUACCACAGAGCCACCAAAGCCACCUACAACUACUCCUAUACCAACAACUACCACAGAGCCACCUACAACAACACCAGAACCUACCACAACCACCCCUGUACCUACAACUACCACAGAGCCACCAAAGCCACCUACAACUACCCCUAUACCAACAACUACCACAGAGCCACCUACAACAACACCAGAACCUACCACAACCACCCCUGUACCUACAACUACCACAGAGCCACCAAAGCCACCUACAACUACCCCUAUACCAACAACUACCACAGAGCCACCUACAACAACACCAGAACCUACCACAACCACCCCAAUACCUACAACUACCACAGAGCCACCUACAACUACUCCUGUACUGACAACUACCACAGAGCCUCCAAAGCCACCUACAACUACCCCUAUACCGACAACUACUACAGAGCCACCAACAACAACGCCAGAACCUACCACAACCACUCCUGUACCUACAACUACCACAGAGCCACCAAGGCCACCUACAACUACUCCUAUACCGACAACUACAACAGAACCACCUACAACAACACCAGAACCUACAACUACUCCUGUACCGACAACUACCACACAGCCACCAAAGCCACCUACAACUACCCCUAUACCGACAACUACCACAGAACCACCUACAACAACACCAGAACCUACCACAACCACCCCAAUACCUACAACUACCACAGAGCCACCUACAACUACUCCUGUACCAACAACUACCACAGAGCCUCCAAAGCCACCUACAACUACCCCUAUACCGACAACUACCACAGAGCCACCUACAACAACACCAGAACCUACCACAACCACCCCAAUACCUACAACUACCACAGAGCCACCUACAACUACUCCUGUACCAACAACUACCACAGAGCCUCCAAAGCCACCUACAACUACCCCUAUACCGACAACUACCACAGAGCCACCUACAACAACACCAGAACCUACCACAACCACCCCAAUACCUACAACUACCACAGAGCCACCUACAACUACUCCUGUACCAACAACUACCACAGAGCCUCCAAAGCCACCUACAACUACCCCUAUACCGACAACUACCACAGAGCCACCAACAACAACACCAGAACCUACCACAACCACCCCUGUACCUACAACUACCACAGAGCCACCAAAGCCACCUACAACUACUCCUAUACCAACAUCUACCACAGAACCACCUACAACAACACCAGAACCUACUACUACUCCUGUACCGACAAGUACCACAGGGCACCCAAAGCCACCUACAACUACCCCUGUACCGACAACUACCCCAGAGCCACCUACAUCAACACCAGAACCUACCACAACCACCCCAAUACCUACAACUACCACAGAGCCACCUACAACUACUCCUGUACCAACAACUACCACAGAGCCUCCAAAGCCACCUACAACUACCCCUAUACCGACAACUACCACAGAGCCACCAACAACAACACCAGAACCUACCACAACCACCCCUGUACCUACAACUACCACAGAGCCACCAAAACCACCUACAACUACUCCUAUACCAACAUCUACCACAGAACCACCUACAACAACACCAGAACCUACUACUACUCCUGUAACGACAAGUACCACAGGGCACCCAAAGCCACCUACAACUACCCCUGUACCCACAACUACCCCAGAGCCACCUACAACAACACCAGAACCUACCACAACCACCCCAAUACCUACAACUACCACAGAGCCACCUACAACUACUCCUGUACCAACAACUACCACAGAGCCUCCAAAGCCACCUACAACUACCCCUAUACCGACAACUACCACAGAGCCACCAACAACAACACCAGAACCUACCACAACCACCCCUGUACCUACAACUACCACAGAGCCUCCAAAGCCACCUACAACUACCACAGAGCCACCAACAACAACACCAGAACCUACCACAACCACCCCAAUACCUACAACUACCACAGAGCCACCUACAACUACUCCUGUACCAACAACUACCACAGAGCCUCCAAAGCCACCUACAACUACCCCUAUACCGACAACUACCACAGAGCCACCAACAACAACACCAGAACCUACCACAACCACCCCUGUACCUACAACUACCACAGAGCCUCCAAAGCCACCUACAACUACCCCUAUACCGACAACUACCACAGAGCUACCUACAACAACACAAGAACCUACCACAACUACCCCUGUACCUACAACUACCACAGUGUCACCUACAACUACUCCUGUACCGACAACUACUACAGAGCCACCAAAGCCACCUACAACUACCCCUAUACCUACAACUACCACAGAGCCACCUACAACAACACCAGAACCUACCACAUCAUCUACGCUGUCAACUCCACCCCCUGGAUCAACACGUGAAACAAUAAGUCCUGUAACAAAAGAAACAACACCACAUAUAACACAACCGGUUGUUGUAGAUACAGCAACAACAGAAUCUCCUACUUCGACAACCCUUAUACCAACAACUACCACAAAGCCUACUACAACAGAAUCAACCACAUCACCUGUCCCAACAACUACUACAAAGUUUACUACAACAACACCAGGGACCACCACUUCACCAACCCCUACACCAACUCCACACUACGACUGCCCUGAAUGGGACAAAAACACAAACGAGACCUUCAUCUUGUGUAACUGCACUAUGGCUAGAUGCAUAGAAGACAACAUCAUCGAAAUUAUUCCAUUUGAAUGCCCUCCACUUCAGAAUAUUACCUGUGAAAAUGGCAAAAAUCCAGUGCUUGUCUAUGAUGAGCACUACUGUUGCCAGUAUUACACAUGUGACUGCUUCUGUGAAGGCUGGGGUGACCCACAUUACAUCACAUUUGAUGGACUCUUCUACAGUUACCAAGGAAACUGCACUUAUAUAUUAAUGGAGGAAAUUAGGCCUCAAUACCACUUGACGAUUUACAUUGACAAUGUCUUCUGUGACCCUAUUGAGCAUGUAUCCUGUCCUAGAUCCAUUAUUGUUUCUUACAACAAUCAAGUCAUUACACUUAAAAAUCACAAUUUUUUCGGAGGUGCAGACCUAGAGGCUCUGAUGGGCGAUGUUCUGUUAACGCUACCAUAUGCUCACAAUGGUGUGAGGGUUGUAAGCUCAAGUUUAGACCUGUUCCUAAGUAUUCCACAGCUCAAUGUUGAUGUAUCCUUUGGAGCCACUGGCUUUAGCAUCAACCUGCCAUUCCAGCAUUUUGGAAACAACACACAAGGUCACUGUGGAACAUGCAACAACAACAAGGCUGAUGACUGCAUGAUCCCUGGAGGGAUCUUGGUGGACGACUGUUCAGUGAUGGCAGAUUAUUGGGCAGCCAGUGGUGUAAAUGAUGAAAUGUGUACUCCACCAACUGCAUUGCCAACUGUUGGAGGUGAUAUCAAACCUACACCUAAGCCAUGCAAGGCCCAUCCUGACUGCUUCCUCCUUGGUAGCGAGUUGUUUGAAGCGUGCCAUGCUCAUGUGUCCCCUGACAACUUCUUCAUGGGAUGUGAAUAUGAUAGUUGCCAUAUGAGCAACCCCACUGUUGUGUGUACCAGUUUGCAGAGUUACGCAAGGUCUUGCUCUCAGUUAGGCAUCUGCGUACACUGGAGGAAUUACACUAACCUUUGCAAUAUUGAAUGCACAGAAGAUAAAGUCUUCAAUCCUUGUGGUCCUGCUGAGCCACCAAGCUGUGACGAUAUACCUGAACAGAGAACCAUUACAGUGCCCACAGAGGGCUGCUUCUGUCCUGAAGGCACACUGCUCUUCAACAAGGACUCAGGAAUCUGUGUCAGCAAAUGCGGAUGCAUGGAUGCCUCUGGGACACCACGUGAGUUUGAUGAGGUUUUCGAGUACAACUGCGAGGAGUGUGUCUGUGAAAAGGCCAGCAAAUCAGUGACCUGUAAACCCAAGAGUUGUCCUGGCGGAAACCCUGAGGUGUGCACUGAACCUGGCUUUGUGCUGGUCAACUACACCGAUCCCUCGGAGCCGUGCUGCAGCAAACAAGUCUGCAAUUGUGAUGUCAGCAUGUGUCCACCUUUGGAUAAGAAGUGUAAUAUUGGAUAUGCACCAAUCCUGGACGUUCCUGAAGGCAAAUGCUGUCCAGAAAUUAAAUGCGAGCCAAAGAAAGUGUGUGUCCACAAAAACACAGAGUAUGAGCCUGGUACCACCAUCCCGGUCAUUGACUGCCAAGAAUGCAAAUGUACUUGGGAUGUGGAUCCCAAAUCACAGUUUUUCAAGAUCAAAUGUGGAUUUGUGCAGUGCAAUGAGAAAUGCGAUCCUGGUUAUGAAUAUAUUGAUGACUUUAGUGACUGCUGUGGAAAGUGUGUGCAAACUCACUGCGUUGUCAGUAUUGAUGGCGUCAAUCAUGUUCUGCAGGAGGGAGCCUCUCUGCCCACUUCAAACCCGGGCUGUGACAAAAUCACAUGCAGUAAAGUUAAUGGACAGUUCAUCGCUGUCAAAUACACAGUCCAGUGUCCUCCUUUCAACAUUUCCAACUGCCAGCCUGGAACUGUUCAGGUGUCAGCUGAUGGCUGCUGCCAUGUUUGUGUGGACCAAAUUAAGGGAUGUCAAGUACAGUCCAUUCGAGAUUUCAUAAAGCACAAUGACUGUCAAUCAGAGAAGAAAAUGGACCUGGCGUUUUGUGGUGGAGACUGCAACAGUUUUAGCAGGUACGCUAAUCCUGGAUUGUCCUCCUGUAGCUGUUGCCAGGCAACACGCUCAAGUAAUCGCACAGUCGAUCUUGCUUGUGUAAACGGAGACAUAAUAAACCACACAUACAUCCAUGUUGAAGAGUGUUCCUGCAGCAGAACUAAAUGUCACGAAGUGGAAGUGAGCCAAACACUCGCUGAAACCAGCAGAAGAAAACGUAGCGUCAGAUUUCCGUGAACAGUAGUGGGGACCCAAAACAAAUCUUAGUGAAGCUUUGAUCGGAAACUAAUUUAAAAUUGCACAUGCUAUAUGUUUAACAUUUCUUAAACUUCAUCUAUAGAGCUUUGUUUGUUUUUCUUUGUUGGAUAAAUGUGUACUGUUUUCCUUGCAUGCAAUUAAAAGCAAUUAAAAAGGCAUUUUAAACCUAAA